AUGCCUGUGGCUGAAACCGCCCGCAGCGUGCUGAAGAGCAGCCUCUUCGACUUGAAAGUGGUAUCGCUCUGUUGCUCCUGGUACUUUAUCUCCAGUCUUACUUCGCAGUUGACUAAGCACAUCCUCAACGAUUUUGACUUUCCCGUGUUUGUGGGCGAGUUCCAGUUCCUGUGCAGUCUCAUACUCGGUCACAUCACCAUCGCUCUUCUCGGGAGACUCCCGCAAUUGAAGUCCGCGAUUUCGGGAAGCUCAAGGUCGGGCACAGGCUUUGUUUUUAAUCGACGAUUACUGAGAGUUUUCUUCCCCAUGGGCACUUUCCAAUUUAUUGGGAAACUGCUGAGUCUUGCCGCAACUUCACUAUGUCCCGUGGCGACUGUCGCGUCUAUUAGGGCCUUGGGUCCUCUGCUGACGGUAAUGGGAUACCGCAUAUACUACAAAGUCCGCUUCCCGUCCUACACCUACCUCUCUCUCAUUCCCUUGGUUUUGGGUGUCGUUAUUAUCGUCGUCUCGCAAUCCGGAGACAAAGACUCCACAAGAGGCACUAUAUCAGAUCCGCAGCUCAACAGCCAGGAGGACGGAGAGAAAACCAUGCUGCGAGUAAUGCUCCUGGAGAGGUCCGAUUACCUCAAAGGUAUAGCAUUUGCGUUUGCGGCUGCAGUCAUAUUUGCUGGCCAGUCGAUUUACGCCAAAAACGUUGUCACUCCGUCAUCGUACUCUGCGGCUCGAGAUCCAGGGUCGCUCGCCAUCAGCAGGGGGUCGUCGGUCAAUUCCGAUGUUGAAAAGUUUGCUUCUUCUUCCGAACAUCCAAAGCACGAACAGACCAGCGAGUACGAGAGCGCUCUUGAUAAGCCAGAUAAGCUGACAACUCUUAUUUAUUGUGCCACAUAUGGGAUGCUAUACUCGAUUCCCGCAUUCAUCACCUACGAGUGCCACGAGCUAUUCUUUGGUGUGAGAAAAGUUUCUGAGUCCACGUACCUCCCUAACUAUAGCUGCAUACCAUGGACCAUGCUGGUGCUAAACGGAAUCAGCCAUUUCAGUCAAUCAUUGCUGGCAUUUCAUAUUCUUGCUCUGUUGCCCACUGUUACGUACUCGAUCGCCGCCAUGAUGAAAAGAAUAGUCAUCAUCAGCGUCAGCAUGAUCAUUACCGGCAAAAGACUCUCCCUGCUAGAGGUCACCGGAUUAGUGCAUGUUGCCGUUGGCCUCUAUUGCUACGAUCGAUGGGGGUCAAAGCGCUGA